AUGGACCUGUUGGUCGCACUUUUCAAUAAUCAACUUGAAGAUUCUAAACAGUUUGAAGCUGAAUGCACCCUAGAGUCCAUCCACUUUGAAUCCAUUGCAUUCAAGACUGAAUUCGUUUUGCCAAAGUCAACAGCGCCACCAACUGAUUUUGUCUAUUUCUCCAAUCUCAAGUCCCUCCACGUGUAUGGCGGAUAUCCGUUUAGUGACAACGUGCUGUUCAGGAGUGAAGGCGGCUACAUCACUUUUGAGAGCUUGGAGAUUAUUGUAAAGGUUGCGUUUAUCGAGACGGAAGAUAGGCUGCGGUUUUUCACGGCCAACUGA